AUGGUCAAGACAUAUACAAAUACUCGUCAUGCAGUUGCCUCAAUACAACACCGAGGUGCACGAUUGUUCAUCCUCAUCCAGAAGGAUGGUGCCCUACAAUUCAUAGCGGUUAUAUUCAGUAACAUCACCAACAUGAUCAGCUUGACAAUCCAGACAGAGGUAGGUUCGAUGACGUUUAUAGUAGAUGCGUUGACAACCGUCCUGGUCUCAAGAUUUAUCCUCAGCAUUCGUGCGGUUAACACCCAAGGCGAGGACGAGACGACGUUCGGGGGUCAAACAACUCUCCAAUUUGCCAAUGCCAGCACAGAGCGCGGCGUGUCCGAUAACGCUGAAGGUGACAGCCACCAAUCCGGGAUCCCCACGGAUCGCAUUGACAUCGAACCACGUCCGUAUCAAUGUGAACACGAGGCCUCCAUAUUCAGAGGCGAGCAUCUCUGGCAUUAA